AUGGCGGCGGAAAAGUCGAAAAUGAAAACAAGUUUUCAAACAAAUCUUCCUAUUGAGAAAUUCAGAUCAGAUAUUUUGAAAGCAGUGGAAAACAAUCUGUGUCUAGUCAUUAUUGGUGAAACGGGUAGCGGAAAAACGACACAACUUCCCCAGUUCCUCUAUAAAGCAGGCUAUGGAAAGCACGGAUUGAUAGGUAUAACCCAGCCAAGAAGGGUCGCUGCUGUAUCAGUUGCUUCACGAGUUGCAGAGGAAAUGAGGUGUGAAGUAGGAGAAAAAGUUGGUUAUCAAGUACGGUUUGAUGAUUGUACCUCUCAAGAAACUAGGAUAAAAUACAUGACUGAUGGAUGUUUGUUGCGAGAAUUUUUAGAAGAUAGAGAACUUUCUAAAUAUAGUGUCAUUGUUUUGGAUGAAGCUCAUGAAAGAAGUUUAGAUACGGAUAUUUUGUUUGGGUUGAUGAAAGAACUAUUUAUCAACAACAAAAUCAACUCAAAGCGAAAAUACUCAUUGAAGGUAAUUGUUAUGUCUGCAACGCUGGAUGCUGGAAGGUUCUCAGCUUUUUUCAACGACUGUGAGAUAAUCAACAUCCCUGGUAGAUUGUAUCCAGUAAAAAGUAUUUAUUGUAAUUUAAUAAAUGAAGAGGAUGUGAAGAAUCCACAUUAUGCAUCAAAGGUUGUGGAUGUUGUAAUGGACAUUCAUCUUGACCAAACCCAGGGUGACAUAUUAGUUUUCUUGACUGGACAAGCAGAAAUAGAGAAAGCAUGUGAUGCUUUGUUUAAGAAAUCGGAAAGACUGGAUUAUGAAUAUGAUGUACAUGAUAGCAGUGUCAAAGCAUUAUUAAUAUUACCAGUUUAUGGAUCAAUGCCUACUGAAAUACAAAAGAGGAUAUUUUCACCAGCUGAUCCUUGGGUUAGAAAAUGUGUUGUAGCAACAAAUAUAGCUGGCACGUCUUUGACAAUUGAUGGUAUAAGAUAUGUUGUUGAUUGUGGAUUUGUUAAACAAUUUCAUUAUCUUGAUCCACCGGAGGAAAGAAUGCUUUUAGAAGCUUUACGUCAACUCUAUUACUUUGAAGCAAUAAAUAAGGAUGGUUGUAUUACUGGAUUAGGUCAUCAUAUGGUAGAUUAUCCAUUACCUCCUGGAUUAUCCAGAUCUGUUAUAUAUUCUGGUAUGCUAGGAUGUUCCGAUGUAAUGCUACCUAUUGCUGCUAUGUUAUCAGUUGAAAGUGUAUUCAUUAGGCCAGGUGAUGAGAAAAAACAAGUUGCUGCUACUAACUGUCACAGAACUCUUGGAGAGAUAGCUGGUGGUGUCAACGACUUUGCUACAUUGCUUUACAUUUACCAACAGUGUAAUAGUAGUGAUUCUCCUGCUCGAUGGUGUCGGGAUCAUUACAUUCACUGGAGAGCUGUUAAAAUGGCAUCCAGUAUCUGUCAACAGUUACAAGAAAUACUGAAGCGGCAAACAGAGUCUUCCAGUUUUCAGAAAAUUACCAGUACAGGUUCAGAAAGUGAGAAAUUAAGAAAAGCACUAUGUUGUGGAUAUUUCUGUAAUGCUGCUAGGAAACGCACAGUUGGGAGAGGAUUCCAGACAAUGGAUGGACAUGGAACUGGUGUAUUUAUUCACCCCUCAUCUCUUCUGUUCGAUAAAGAGGAAGAUUUGGACUGGUUAAUAUUUUAUGAAGUUGUGUGGACAAGUAAAGUUUAUAUCCGUACAGUAUGUCCAAUCCGAUAUGAAUGGGUAAAAAAUUUGCUGCCAAGACUGCAUGAACUUGAUGUCUAUGCACUUAGCGGUUGCUUGAAAAUGAUAAAUAAAGAGACCUCAGAAAAAACAAAUGAUACUAUUGAAAUGAAUUUAACCGCAGAAAAUGUCAGUAGUGCUCUAAAGGUAAGCAGACGUAACACUGAUUCAUCCAUUGCAGAGGCAAGAAGACGAUAUUUGGAGAGAAAACAAAUGCAACUAUCUGGCAAUCAGUGA